AUGUCGGCUACAAUUGACGGAGUUGCUUGCUUCGGCAGAGAGUUGCAUGUUUUCUGUGACAGCAGCUCCUUUGCAUAUGGCGCAGUGGCCUAUGUAGUCACUGAGAAUGAGACAGGUGAGCGUAAGGCUCAGUUAUUAAUGGCCAAGUCACGUAUUGCUCCCACUAAGUCAAUAACCAUACCCAAAUUAGAAUUAUGCGCCACAGUUCUAGGUGCCAGACUGAUCAAGAAAAUUCAAGAGUCCCUCUCAUUCAAUGAGUGUUUUUCAUGGACAGAUUCGACGAUUGUCUUAGGACAAAUCAGGUCAAAGCGCGUCAAGUUUAAUGUAUUUACCGCCCACAGAAUUUCUGAGAUCCAUAAGCUAACAGAUUCGUCCAAAUGGCAGCGUGUACCGGGAGGUUCAAAUCCUGCGGAUAUUGUUUCGCGAGGUAAGGCCGAAGAUUGGCCUGAAGACCCUUAUGGUGUCAUGUUCAUUGCCUCCAAUAUUGCCAAUGAGAGUCAAGUCCUACCUCCACAUCCAUUAGAAACAAUCCUCAAUAAAUCCAACAGCUAUGUUAAGGUAAAAAAUAUCUUAGCAUAUGUCCUCAGAUUCCUAACCAAGUCCACGAGGCGUGUUAAAGGUCCUCUCACUCCCACAGAAAUCCAUGCCUCAGAGCACAAGUUAAUAUCUUUUGCACAGUCUCAACACCUGUCCGAAGUGAGAUCAGCCAUUGCUGAUGGUUCUAUGUGGACGGGGAGGAAAUUCAACAAUGUUCGUCAUCUAACACCAUUCAUUGACGAACAGGGAAUCAUCAGAGUGGGAGGAAGACUUGCUAAGUCUCUGCAGGACUACGACGUUAGACAUCCUAUGCUGCUACCCAAGUGUCGACUUUCAACCCUCAUUACCAUGCAAGCACACAAGGACAACAUGCACGCCGGGCCACAGUUACUCCUAGCAACUCUACGCCAGAGAUAUUGGCCAUUAGGAGGAAGAAAUCUUACCCGUCGUGUUACCAGAUCAUGUGUCGUGUGUUGGAAGAAGAGACCCCUCAUGCUAGAACGAAGAAUGGGUGAUCUUCCUCAAGGCAGGAUAGAGCAUGUCGUACCUUUCAAAGUAUGUGGUGUAGACCUAUGCGGACCAGUGCUCACUCGACCAAGCUUCAAAAGAGGAGGUGUAUCGUACAAAACGUACAUAUGUGUCUUCGUGUGUUUCACCACGAAAGCGGUACAUCUCGAAGUCGUCGGCAGCCUUACCACAGACAGUUUUAUCGCAGCCUUGAGAAGAUUCGUUGCCCGCCGCUCCGCCCCUAGUGACAUCUUCAGCGAUAAUGCCACCAAUUUUAAGGGAACCUACAAGCGAGCCAUUCAGAGACUUUCUAAGUUACCAGUUGAGAUGAUUCCCUCACUUCGCCGCGAUGUUCUGUUCCUCUUCGCCGCUCCUCGUGGGUCUGUUGACGUUCUGGCUACUUGCAGACGGGGGGGGGGUGCGUUACACUCAAGUACCCCUCACACUAGUCUCCGAUAUGCUGGGAGCGACGGCUCGACCAGUUCCAGAGGCGGAGAGAAGACCGGUGUGAAUCCCCUACCAGAUGAUGAUGCAGCAGGCGAGAAGGAGAUGGCUUUGUGGCAGGCGAAAAAGGGAUCACCUGUACCACCGAAGGCAGCGCGAAAGAGAUGGCAGGCGAGAUCCUCACCAUGA